AUGGAUCUCUCUGUGUCUGUAUUUACAUAUUUAUAUAUUGAUAUAUUCCUCUCUCUCUGCAUCUCUUUAGUCAAAGACCUGGAUACGGAGAAGUAUGUCCAUUUGGUCCCGCCUCACGAUGACCUGACGGAAAACAAGAAGUCCCACAGGCAAAACCACCGCAAGAAGGUCCUGCCUGAGAUCUACCUGACCCGGCUGCUGUCCACCAAGGGGACCUUGCAGAAGUUCCUGGACGACCUCUUCAAGGCCAUCCUCAGCAUCCCUCCUGAGCGCCCCCCGCUGGCCAUUAAAUACUUCUUCGACUUCCUGGAGGAGCAGGCGGACAAGAGGGGCAUCACCGACCCAGACACCCUGCACAUCUGGAAGACCAACAGUCUGCCUCUGCGGUUCUGGGUAAACAUCCUGAAGAACCCUCAGUUUGUGUUCGACAUCGACAAGACGGACCACAUGGACGCCUGUCUGUCCGUCAUCGCCCAGGCCUUCAUUGACGCCUGCUCCGUCUCUGACCUGCAGCUGGGAAAGGACUCUCCCACCAACAAGCUGCUGUACGCCAAGGAGAUCCCCGAGUACAAGAAGAGGGUGCAGGGCUACUACCAGCAGAUCCAGGACAUGGCUCCUCUCAGCGAGCAGGAGAUGAACGCCCAUCUAGCCGAGGAGUCACGGAAAUACCAUAAUGAGUUCAACACCAACCUGGCCCUGACAGAGAUCUACAAAUACGCCAAGAGAUAUAGGGCUCAGGUGGUGAGUGCGCUGGAGGCCAACCCCACCGCCCGUCGCACCCAGCUGCACCACAAGUUUGAGCAGGUCAUCGCCCUGGUGGAGGACAACAUCUACGAGUGCAGCAGCGAGGCCUGAUGCGUCGUGCCAUCCUGCCCUCCUCUCCUCCUGCUCCUCUCUCUCUGAGCUCUCCUUCUGCUGCAUACUGCCUACUGCCACCCAGCCGGCCACCUCUCCUCCUACUACUGCUACGGGCCGGGGGAACGUCCGUCCCUUACCGAACCGCCCAAUCAAUCAACCGACCGACCAACCGAUAGACGGACGCCCUUCAUCAGUGUCGUUACGUUCAGACAAAAGGCGCCUGAAACCGUUGGUCGUUUGAGAGACUCCUUAUGCUGCCUCUUUCUCAACUGUUCUUCCUCCACCGACGUGUGUUUUUCUUCUCUUUUUUUUUUUCAAACUUUAUUCGUUUUCAUUUUUCUCAAGAUGUGGACGAUGAGUCCCGGUCGGAUCCGGACUCUGCCCUGGCAGGGUGUUGACAAGGGAACCCCGGGACAAGCCUUGUUUCUCCCCACCUGAAUGUCUUCGUAGUAACCUGAUACCUAAAGCCCUGGUGGCAACUCUUUACGCACU